UAUUUUAUUUUUAAACGCGCCAGCGGCGGUGCGCGCGCCGGCUGUAAUUUCGCGGUGCUCGCGGCGCACAGGCGCUUACGCACGCCUUACAACAUGGCGGCCGAAUAUCGAGUUGGAAUUUAAAUUUCAUAAACGAAAGUGUUUCAGUGAAGCGAUAAGAUUACAAGCCGUUUUCGAUGGAAAAUCAUUGUCAGGACUUGUUUUCGCGCGCUAUCGACAUUCACGCUCUUAUCGUACAAUAUAAACGGACAUUGAUUUCUCAGUGCUACAAGAGUAUUCGAUGUUUAUAACUUUACAUUAAAGUUAUGACUCUGAGUCAUUAUGUGUUAGAAGAAUUAAAAGGUUUAUGGAUCAAUAAUCCUGUCAAGAUGGUAUGAAUUGAAAAAAAAACCUCAAAGGCGUUACAAGACGUUGCCUAAAAGGAGAGUUGCCGGUAAGGAUCGAGCGCGGCUUCCUCGCGGUCGACCUUACUAACAGGUGAGGCGGCGACGCCACACAGAACAUGAUACUAAGGUUACCGUGCCCUUUUACGCAAACGUCGCUAGCCAGUUUACGACAAGCGCCCGCAUCCGGCCACUCCGCCGGGCCGGCCUGGUGGACCAUGAUGAACGGGGUCGGCGGCGCGCUCUACGAGGAGGCGCACGCGUCGCCCCCCGGCGGCUCGCCACCGGCUGCACCGGCCGCGGCGCCACCCUCCGCCUCCAGCGCCUCGCCGGCCUCGGUCGGCUCCAACCCGCCUCAGCCGCCGCUGCACAUCCCGGCCAAGAGAUACGAGCCCGAACCCGGAGUCAUCAGGCACGCGCAGCAGCCAUGGGGCUAUCCGCCUGACGCGCCGGGCUCCUUUGAGCACCAGUAUCCGAGUGCUCCUACCUACUAUAAUUUACCUGUGGAGAGGGAACGCAAGUCGACAUUGCCAUUCUGGCCAACGGGCAGUGGCGAAUAUAAACCCUACACUGAUGGCGGAUGUCACCAGGGAUUCUCGCAGUCAUGCUGGAAUUAUCCAUACGGAGCUCCCCGCGGCGACCAGCCGCUACCUUAUGUCGGAGGUGAUGAACGUCGGACAGCGGUCUCCGAGGCGUCCGGCUUCUCCUCACAUGAUGCUUAUGGCCUGCGAAAUUACGCACCAGACGCUGUCUCCAGCGCGCCGUACCCGCCUCCAGGCACUCUACCCGGUUCCCUGUCGAUGUCCGUCGGGGUCGGCGUCGGGUGCGGAUCCUCGAACCCAUUGGAUUGGACCGGCCAAGUGACGGUGCGCAAAAAACGCAAACCUUAUUCAAAGUUCCAGACUCUCGAACUAGAGAAAGAGUUCCUCUUUAACGCUUACGUGUCGAAACAGAAAAGGUGGGAGCUCGCGCGAAACCUUAACCUGACGGAGAGACAGGUGAAGAUAUGGUUCCAGAAUAGACGAAUGAAGAACAAGAAGAAUUCGCAGCGACAGGCGGCUCAGGCGGCUCAGAACAACAACAACAAUUCGAACGCGAACAACCAUAACCACCACGGCGGGCACCACCAUGCGCCGCACCACGUUGCGCUGCACCACCCUCCGCCCUCCAAACACCAUCAGUGACCCGCGCCUUUCUCUGGGACUUACCCCCUUCAUCACGGUAUAGCAAGUUAAACGCGUUGCGUGAUCUACUGGAAAGGAGAAGUUCCAUAGGACUCAAGUGUGGAAUGUGGUCGUACUUAAAGGAUUGAAUUAACGUCCAAUGUUUGUUACCCCGUAGACUAGAGAGACGUUGUAUCGGCUGUACCGUAGUUGGUUGAAGUGCGGACGCUUUGUCGGUUCCUCGGCGCCGGCCGCGCCUCGAGUCCCAGAGAAUCUCACGCUAAGGUAAAAUGAUGUGUUGUCGAUUUGUGUAUAGUAUUAAUUAUGUUCUUGUAAUUUUAACGAGACUAAGUGAAUAGAUAUCGAUUCCUGAUAUGAAUAAUGUCUAGUAAUAGCGCUAAUUAUGUAUUUGAAAUUUAUUUAAGUACGAAUUACAAAAUAUUAAAGACGUCACCGAUGGAUAAAUAGUUUCUAGAUAGUUUAUUGAAAAUAAAUUUUGUAAAAUAUUUUGUGAGACUGCUUAUUGUUGUAUUCGUAUCGCUGUUCAGAGGGUGGACUAGUUUUAAUCAGUUAACUUUUAUUUUCGUUACCAAAUUGUUGAACUACUCGGGUUGCUUUGGUGGCAGUUAUAGAUAUUUCUUCGACGUGUAUAAUAUUUUAUAUAAUUAUAUAGGUGUAAAAGCAGCCGUUAUAGUUAUAGAUACUUACCUAUUACUACCAUCGACGCAUCACAAUUAUCUAUUUAAAUAUAGAUCCAUUAGCAAAAAUAGCAGUCGCUACAAGAUCAAAUAUUUAUUGCUGUUUUAUUUCUUAUCUAAUAAUUCGUAAAUUUUGUUAAUUAAAUUAUGGAUUUCUGACAAAGCUUUAACUCGGUUCCAGUAGAUUUUAUACAUUAAGUUACUGUUAUGACUUUUUUUAAAUAUUGAAGUUGAUGUUAUAAUCAAUUAGGUAAUAUGGGCAAGUGCAUUAAUUUUGUCCUCGUUUAAUCGUAUCACUGUUCGCUUUAGCCUGUCUAUUACUUUUAUUUUUUGUUUUAGUUGAAUAUUUUAUUAUUUAUUUAUACACUUAUAUGCAAUCUGUGAAUUAUCUUGCUCUCCAUUUAACGAUUUAUGCGUUUUAAACAUUGUGUAUUAUUAUUUUGAUUAUAAAUGUAUGUAAUUGACAAAAAAUCAUCCCAGUUUUAAAUAUCAUCUUUGUACUAUUUAGCUACCUACCUAUUUUAUAUCUAUGUACCUACCUAAUAAAUGUUUUAUUGUAAACUUAGUAGUUUACUCGAAUCUAUUUCAUUAUAUCUGUAUUGUCCCGUAAAUAUGAUAGUGAAUAAAAUUAGGUGUUUUUUGUACAAAAUGGCGACCUCGUCUAGGUGACCGAAUUUCUACAUAAAUGAGGACAAGGAAUACCUUGCAUUCUUCCUUAGACGAAUCGGAUAAUGUAAGUGAUUAUAAUAUUUAAAUAUAUUGUAUUGUUAAUAAAUUAUAAUUCCGAAUUUAUUUAUCUCGUUUGUCUGAAAAGCAAAGUUUCUCGCUGAAACCUCAUUUAAAUCGAUACAGUAACUGUAACCUCUGAACAUACAGUAAUUUGCUUUUCAGAUAAACAUUCACAAUGACGUCGCUUACAAUAUUACGGACUGUGUAUUCAACGAUUCAGUAGACACUACACGUAGUACCAUACUUAUCUAAACUAUAUAAUUUUAAUUAAAGGUCUCUUAACUAUUAUUGUACAGAUAAAUUAAUGUAGUUAAUCACGGCAAAAAAUGUGAGGUUUUGUUAAGUAUAAUAAAAUAUAAAUGUGCUCUCGACAGUUUUAUGACGAAUUUAGAAAAGAAUGUACGAAAGGUGAAGAAAUUAAAUACUUCGUCGUGUC